GCCGCUGGACGUGGUACUGAAGUUGGGAAGAAGGAGAGGGAGGAGGGAAUGGUCGAAAAUUCAAGCGGAAAGCUAAGAGAUGAAGAGAAGAGCGUGAAGCCCGGGUCGGAGGUGAGGAGAGGCGUGCGGCACAGUCCAGUUGAAGUGAGUUACCGUCCGUCCUCCAAAUAUAAUGGGCUCGAGUACAGAUUGUGGUCGGCACCGAUUCUUUACCUGGAAUGAAGUGCAGAAACAUUGCACCCGCAGCGACCGUUGGCUGGUGAUUAACAGGAAAGUCUACGAUAUCAGCGAGUUCAGCAAAAAGCAUCCAGGAGGCGCCCGAGUGAUCGGGCACUACGCGGGGCAAGACGCGACGGACCCAUUUACUGCCUUUCAUAUUGAUAAGACACUGGUGAACAAGUACCUUAACUCUCUGUUGAUUGGGGAGCUUGCACCUGAGCAGCCCAGCUUAGAAUCAUGGAAAAGUAAAGAGGUGACAGAAGAUUUCAGGGAGCUGCGCGCCACUUUGGAAAGGACAGACCUCCUCCAGCCAAAUAAGCUGUUCUUCGCUGGACUCCUGGCUCACAUUCUGCUUCUUGAAGCCGCGGCCUGGCUCAACCUUUGGUACUUUGGAGCCUCCCUCUUCCCCUUUCUGAUCAGCUCACUCCUUCUGAGUACUGUGCAGGCGCAGAGUGGUUGGUUACAGCAUGACUUCGGACAUCUCUCUGUUUUCAGCAAAUCCAAGUGGAACCAUCUUGUCCACAAGUUUAUUAUUGGUCACCUGAAGGGUGCCCCAGCAAGCUGGUGGAACCACCUCCAUUUUCAGCACCAUGCCAAACCCAACUGCUAUCGCAAGGACCCUGACAUUAAUAUGCAUCCCAUCUUCUUUGUCUUGGGAAAGAAGCUUCCAAUUGAGGUGGGAAAACAGAAGAAGAAGUUUAUGCCAUACCAAUACCAGCACAAGUAUUUCUUCCUGAUUGGGCCUCCAGCACUGCUGCCUCUCUACUUCCAGUGGUACAUCUUUUACUUCGCUGUGACUCGCAAGCAGUGGGCGGACCUGGCUUGGAUGGUGUCCUUCUACAUCCGUAUCGGCCUGACGUACAUUCCACUGCUCGGAAUUCGAGGAUUCCUGGCCAUGUUCUUCCUUGUGAGGUUUGUGGAGAGUAAUUGGUUUGUGUGGGUGACCCAGAUGAACCACAUUCCCAUGGCAAUUGAUCAUGAUCAGAAUGAGGAAUGGCUGACCAUGCAGUUGCAUGCCACUUGUAACGUUCAUCAGUCUUUCUUCAAUGACUGGUUCACAGGUCACCUCAACUUCCAGAUUGAGCAUCACCUUUUUCCCACAAUGCCAAGGCACAACUACCACAAGGUGGCACCACUCGUGAGGUCCCUCUGUGCCAAACAUGGUCUGGAAUACCAGUCCAAGACUCUACUCACAGCCUUUGCAGACAUAGUCCACUCCUUGAAGGAGUCCGGUGAGCUCUGGUUGGAUGCGUACCUGCACAAGUGAUCAUUUUGGUGCUGCCACCUUGAAAAUGGGAGGGUUAUUCUGCAUUUUGUUAACUCAUGGGAUAUAAUUUGAGUUAAAGAAGCCAAAUCAUUGAGAAGACAGCAGCAAUUCUUUCUAAACAUAAAUACAGUUUGGGAAUCUGUUUUGAACUAUUACUGAUAAAUGGUGUCACCUUCUUCCACAUCACUGCUCCCCCAUUGUCACUACCAGCUACAACAUAGCCAGAAAGGCAGUGUUCAUUCUACUUCCAACACUGCAUCAAUCCUGAUCUCAUGAGAGCAGUUCUUCCUCCAGCUUCUGCCUUUUGCCAAUGCCCUACAAACCUAGUUGGCAAUUCAGUACUGCAAAUCCAUGCUCUCCAAAUCGUGCCUGCAACUUGGCUUUGAUGCAUGACCGCCAACAGUGGGAGACUGUCGAUCCCACAUUCUCUCUGUGAAUUCGGCAAAGUAUUUAAACGGUGCGUUAUUAUAAUGACACCUCAUGAAUGCUGAAAGAUAGACAUCUGUCUCUCUUUUGUCCUGCUUAUUUUAAACUGGUUAAUGCUGCACCAACUGUGGGCAGAACUUUCCAUGACAGUGGUUUAUGGAGGGUUUUUUUUUGUUCUGUGACCAAUGUGCUAGUUACAACAGACUUGUAUGCUUAAGUAUAAUUUGAUUAUUCAGUAUUUACAUACUCCAUUGAUGCCCAGGUCCAAAACCUAGGCAUCAAUGGUGCACACAAACACUAAAUAAUUAAAUGGGGAAUAAAACAGAAAAUGCUGUAAAUAUUCAGCAGGUUAGGCAGCGCCUAUAGAGGGAGAGCUAGUUAACCUUUCAAAGCAGUGAUCUUCUCCCUGUUGUUUUGAAAUGUCAUCCUUUUGAAACAUUAACUAUUUCUCUCUCUACAAAUGCUUACCAAUCUGUUAACUGGAGCUCUGAUGUUGUACAGAAAUGGUCCUUUGAAGUGAUAUUUUUGCCCAACUAUGCUGAUCUUACUUGUCCGUAUUUAGUCUGUAUCUUUCUAAUCCUGCCUAUUUAAGUGCUGAUUGAAUAUCUCUUAAACAUAGUAAAUUGUAUUUUGUUAAUGCAUUGGACUCCACCACCUCUGGCAAUAUGUUCCAUAUAAUUAACCACCCUUUGUGUUUUGAAAAAAUCUUACCCGUAAAUCUACUUUAAACCUUCCUUUUGGCUUAAACUACGCCCUCUUGUCUUUACGCCUCUCAAUCUGCUGCAAGGAAAUAAUUUUCCCUGCAGGGCUCUUUUAUUCCCACACAUUUACUUUGCCAGGUCCUCUCUUAAACAGCUGAUGCCAGCCUUCUCCCAGCUCAAGACCUUAACUCAAGCACCAACCUUAAUUUUUUUCCAUAACUAACUUGAAUUAACAAGGGAAAUAGAAAGAAAGAAAACAAAGACAGGACUUGUUAACAUGUGAAAUGCAGGUCAGAAUUAUUGUUGAACCAAAACGAGAAUGCGGGAAACACCCUGCAGUAUCUGUGGCGAGAGAAAUACAGAGUUUCUCCAUCUGUGGUUGGUGCCUGAAGAGAUCAUUGUGCAUUCAGAUCCACUUUCAGACUCAUUCAAUUGUUCAAAGUUCAGAGUAAGAUUUAUUAUCAGAGUACAUACAUGUCACCCCAUACAAUGCUGAGAUUCUUUCUGUGGGCAUACUCAGCAAAUCUGGAGAAUAGUAACUGUAAACAGGAUUAAUGAAAGAACAAGAGCAUAGAAGACAACAAACUAUGCAAAUACAAAUAUAAAUAGCAAAAAAUAACGAGGGCAUGAAAUAACAAGAUAAAGAAUCCUUAAGGUGAGAUAAUUAGUUGGAGGAACAUCUCAAUAGAUGAGCCUGAUGGUUGAGGGGUUCUUGAACCUGGUGGACUGAGUCCUGAGGCACUUGUACCUUCUACUUGAAGGGAGCAGUGAGAAAAGAGUAUAGCCUGGGUGGUGAAGAUCUUUGACGGAUGCUGCUUUCCUACGAGAACGUUUCAUGUAGAUGUGCUCAAUAGUCGGGAGGGCUUUACCCGUGAUGUACUGGGCAGAAUCCACUAUCUUUUGUAGAAUUUUCCACUCAAAGGCAUUGGUGUUCCCCUACCAGGUCUUAAUGCAGCCAAUCAAUACACACUCCACUACCCAUCUAUAGAAGCUUGUCAAGGUUUUUGAUAUCACACCGAAUCCCUGCAGACUCCUGAGGAAGUAGAGGUGCUGUUGUGCUUUCUUUACUAUUACAUUUAUACGAUAGGUCCAGGACAGGUCCUCUGAGAUAGUGGCACAGAGAAAUUUAGAGUUACUGACCCUGUCCACCCCUGAUCCUCCGAUGUGAAAUGGCUCGUGUACGUAGUUGAGACUAGGCCUUCCCACCCAGAGCUGGGUUUAUUCUCUCUGCUCAGUCUACACCGAUAGGGCCUGAUGUUCAUUUUCCUUGGGGGGGGGGGCUCACUGAUCUGAUGCCCUGUGUUAUAUCUGACCUCUGGUGUGCCUGAGUGGAGUUUACACAUUUUCCUGAGGUCCUAUGGGUUUUCUCUGGGUGCUUGGGUUUCCUCUCACAUCCCAAAGACAUGCUGGAUUUGAGGAUAGUCUUCUACUGAAAAAUUACCCCUGUCAUGCUGCCUAGUGGGAGAAUCAGUGGAGUAUUAAUGAGUGUCACAAGAAAAUGUACAGAAAUGCGAUCGAUGGGACUGAUGUAAUAGGGCUGAGACUUAAUCAGCUCAAUGGGCCCUUCUGCAUUGGAAAGAAAUGUAAAUAUUUAACUCUUGUGCAUUGAAAUGUAGCUUAGAGACUUAUUUGAGUUUGGUCUGGAGCUACUGUCUCAGAUACCCAGGUUUAAUACAGUUCAGUUAAUACAACAAUCCAGAUGACAGCUGAUGAACAACUAACCCAUUCAAAGACAAAUUUCUUAACUAUUGAACUCCAUACUUACUAAUCAUCUUGAUAAAACAUAUUGUAAAUUCAUGUAUUACUGUGCUUAGUGUAUUGUUACAAAAGGUUAUGUUUUUUUAAACUUUAUCAGGGCGGGAUAAAGUUGAGGUGAGGUUAUUAUUGAAAUGAUGACAUGCCAUUUAACUCCAGAUCGUGUGUUGUCACCAUUGAUGGUGCCACAAGUCUGGUAUAAGCUUUGAUAAUAAAUACUGGUGGUUAUUGAUGAAUCAUGCAGUGGCAAUAUAAGCAAUCCAGCUUGUCUAGCACUUGUUAUUUCAGAUGUAAUGUUCACAAGUCAGUGACCAUAUCCAGCCUCAGAUCAUAGGGGUCAAACCUGGAACAUUCGACUGCUGCCCAGUCAAAUGACUAUUGUUGCAUUUAAUCACCAGACCAUCUGUUAAUUGAUUGUGCUAAUAUUAUUGAUGCUAUGAACUUGGUUUUCCACUCAUAUUGCUGACAGAAAUCAGCUGCCCUUAAAUGACAUUCCAACAACAUUACAAUUACACCAACAAUGCCAAUGUUCCCCGGCGGGGAUUUUGUUUAUGGAGCUUUCUGAUUAGAAACAAUUUGAUUGGUUUGCUCUAUUGUUCUUCACUCAAUGUUCAUAUCUUUUACGUUAAAUAAAGCAAUUGAACAUCAGUAUACUUAACCAGAAUAUAUGGAUGUGUGUGA